AUGCACCACAACAAGUUCUUGUUCCGCCAUGUCCAUCACCAACACCACAUCUUCGUCGUGCCUCAUGCCAUUGGAGCCCUCUACAACCACCCCGUCGAGUCGCUCUUGCUCGACACGCUAGGAGGCGUUGUCACUCUGUCAAUCUCUGGAAUGACUCCAAGAACUGAGGCCAUUUUCCUCUGCUUCACCAUGUUGAAAGCUGUGGAUGAUCACUGUGGGAUUUGGUUCCCUAGAGGGAAUCUGAUCCAGAGGUUGUUUACCAACAGUUGUGCCUACCAUGAUAUUUUGAGGCGGGAGGUAAGAACGGAAGAAGGAUCUGCGUCGAAAGCAACGAAGAUCAUCGUCCAACCGCCCUCCAUUCCCAUCCAGACCUUGCAGAUCCUCGUUGCGAUGUUCGUAAUGGACACGUGGCAGUACUUUGGUCAUCGAUACAUGCACCACAACAAGUUCUUGUUCCGCCAUGUCCAUCACCAGCACCACAUCUUCGUCGUGCCUCACGCCAUUGGAGCGCUCUACAACCACCCUGUCGAGUCGCUCUUGCUCGACACACUAGGAGGCGUAGUCGCUCUGUCAAUCUCUGGAAUGACUCCAAGAACUGAGGCCAUUUUCCUCUGCUUCGCUAUGUUGAAAGCCGUGGAUGAUCACUGUGGGAUUUGGUUCCCUAGAGGCAAUCUCAUCCAGCGGGUUUUUACCAACAGUUGUGCCUACCAUGAUGUUCACCAUCAAGUGCGUGGUGGGAAGUACAAUUUCUCUCAGCCGUUUUUUCCCUUUUGGGACAAGCUUUUGGGGACUCAUAUGCCUCAUGUCGUUUUGAGGCGCCCCGAAGGAGGAUACGAGGCGAAGAUGGUUAAGGACUUAGCAAACUUCAGCUAG